AUGGCCAAGCUAAGGCAUGGUGGUGUGGUUCUAGAACUGAAGAAACCCUACUUUACGUGGCAAGUCUUAUGUGUGAUGAAAGCUCUAUUUGACCUUACGGCAUCGCAGGAAAUUUACGCACCGCAUUCCAUAAGAAUGGAGGGAGACCUGACCCUUGGCGGCCUCUUCCCUGUGCACGCCCGGGGGAUCCCGGGGGAACCGUGUGGGGACAUCAAGAAAGAGAACGGGAUCCAUCGUCUCGAAGCUAUGAUGUACGCCUUGGACCAAAUCAACAGUGAUGACGAUCUUCUUCCCAAUGUCACCCUAGGUGCCCGGGUACUGGAUACGUGUUCGAGGGACACCUAUGCCCUGGAGCAGUCCCUGACUUUUGUGCAGGCACUCAUACAAAAAGACACGUCGGAUGUGAGGUGUACUAACGGUGAACCACCAGUGUUCGUCAAGCCAGAAAAAGUUGUGGGAGUGAUAGGAGCUUCAGCGAGUUCUGUAUCGAUCAUGGUGGCGAAUAUAUUACGUCUGUUUCAGAUUCCUCAGAUCAGCUAUGCCUCCACGGCCCCGGAGUUGAGCGAUGACCGACGGUAUGACUUCUUCUCCCGUGUGGUGCCCCCGGACUCGUUCCAGGCCCAAGCCAUGGUGGACAUAGUCAAGGCCAUGGGCUGGAACUAUGUAUCUACCGUCGCAUCAGAAGGAUCCUAUGGAGAGAAGGGAGUGGAUGCCUUCCAACAGCUGUCCAGAGAAGCAGGUGGGAUCUGCAUCGCUCAGUCCUUGAAGAUCCCUCACAAUCACAAGCAGGAGAACUUCGACAAGAUCGUCAGGCUGCUUCUGGACACCCGUUACGCUCGGGCAGUCGUCCUUUUCACCUCAGAUGAGGACAUACGGGGUAUCCUGAAUGCCAGUAAGAGGGCGGACCAGGUGGGUCAUUUCCUGUGGAUCGGUUCAGACAGCUGGGGAGCCAAGAACAGCCCUGUCCAUCAGUUAGAGGAAGCAGCAGUGGGAGCUGUCACUAUCCUGCCAAAAAGAACAACCAUUGCCGGGUUUGACGCAUACUUCACAUCGCGGACUCUGGAGAACAACCGCAGGAACGUUUGGUUCGCAGAAUACUGGGAGGAGAACUUCAACUGUAAACUAAUGAGUUCCUCCAAGAAGGAAGACACCAGCAGGAAGUGCACAGGCCAGGAGCGGAUCGGGAUUGACUCGAAGUACGAACAGGAGGGGAAGGUUCAGUUUGUGAUCGAUGCGGUGUACGCUAUGGCCCAUGCCCUUCACAACAUGCAGAGAGACCUGUGUCCCGAUGUCUCAGGGAUCUGUGAAGAUAUGGACCUAGCUGGGGGCAAGAAACUGCUCAAGUACAUCCGCAGUGUCACCUUCAAUGGUAAGUAUACUAAUGCCAACACAUCAAUCAAUCGACCAAUCAAUCAACCAAUUAAUCCAUCAUUCAACCAAUCAAUCAAUAUAAUUGAGGACGUGCAGUGGCCUAACGGACAGACAGAGAUUCCCAGCUCUGUGUGUAGUCUGCCCUGCAGGACAGGAGAGAGGAAGAAGGCAGUGAAAGGCAUGCCGUGUUGCUGGCACUGUGAGCCCUGUGAUGGCUACCAGUAUCAAUAUGAUGCAACAUCCUGCAAGCUGUGCUCCUACAACAUGAGGCCCAACCCCAACAGGACUGCAUGCCAGCCCAUCCCCAUCGUGAAGCUGGAGUGGCACUCCCCCUGGGCAGUGAUACCUGUCUUCCUCGCCAUGCUGGGCAUCAUCGCCACCAUCUUCGUCAUGGCAACCUUUGUCCGCUACAAUGACACACCCAUCGUGCGCGCGUCGGGCCGCGAGCUGAGCUACGUCCUUCUCACCGGGAUCUUCCUAUGUUACAUCAUCACCUUCCUCAUGAUUGCCAAGCCUGAUGUCGCCGUCUGUUCAUUCCGACGGAUCUUCCUAGGUCUCGGUAUGUGUAUUAGCUACGCGGCACUCCUCACCAAGACAAACCGUAUCUACCGCAUCUUCGAAGAGGGUAAGAAGUCGGUGACAGCACCCAGGCUGAUCAGUCCGACCUCCCAGCUGGCUAUAACCACUUGCCUGAUUGCCAUUCAGCUCCUGGGAGUGUUUAUCUGGUUCGGGGUGGACCCCCCCAACACCAUCAUCGACUAUGACGAACAGAAAACCGUCAACCCCGACCAAGCCAGAGGAGUACUGAAAUGUGACAUCACCGACCUGCAGAUUAUAUGCUCGUUGGGUUAUAGCAUCCUACUCAUGGUCACGUGUACAGUGUACGCCAUCAAGACGCGGGGCGUCCCGGAGAGCUUUAACGAGGCUAAACCCAUUGGAUUCACCAUGUAUACCACCUGUAUAGUCUGGCUAGCCUUCAUACCCAUCUUCUUUGGGACAGCGCAGUCCGCAGAAAAGCUGUACAUCCAGACCACCACCCUCUGUAUCUCUAUGAAUCUCAGUGCCUCGGUGGCCUUAGGGAUGCUCUACAUUCCUAAAGUCUAUGUCAUCAUCUUCCACCCGGAGCUUAAUGUCCAGAAGAGGAAGAGGAGCUUCAAGGCGGUGGUGACAGCUGCGUCCCUGACCACACGCCUCUCACACAAGACCAGUGACAGGCCCAAUGGAGAGGCUAAGACGGAACUUUGUGAAAACGUCGAUCCAAACAGUGACCUGUUCUCACCUCCAGACCUCAACCCCUCCUUCACCUAA